UACACACAUACUGCGUACUAAUUCACUAACAUAAGAUCAUCUUUCGCCGAGGCUGAGAGGUCGCCUUUAAUAACGGCGCAACUACCAGGACGAAGGAUGCCUUGCCAAUAACAGGAAUCAACAACACUCCAGGAUUCUCAACAGAACCCUCGACAGGAGACUCUCAGCAGGAUAUUCGGAAAAAUGCUUCCUAAGAUGUGCCUUAACCCUGCGACAUUGGCUUUCUUCACCCUGGUUACUACCACUGUAGUGUCGCAGUUCGUACAGUUAGAAGAUAAAAAGAAAGGCACAGAAUUGAUUUUCGACAUCAACGAUGAACACAAGGCUCAAUAUUUGAAACAAAAUUUUUAUUCGAAUGUAUAUAACUACGGUUAUAAGGUGAGUCCUAAUGGACAAUUUCAUUACGAAGAACACGGACCGGACGACGUUACAUAUGGAUGUUAUGGCUAUGUGGAUCCUUUAGGAAAAUUAAAAACAACAUUUUACAUAAGUGAUGGAUGGGGAUACAGAGUAGUCAAGCCUGGGCAACAUGUCGAAUUAUUUUUUCAUGAACACGAACAUCAUGAGGAUAGCCAAUCGGACAAAAAUGAUAACGAUGAUCAUCAUCAUCAUAAUCAUCAUCAGGGCAUUCUAACUGAUUGGAAUAAUUUACAUUUUCCACCCAUAUGUGCACAAUUCGAAGAGACGAAUAGUAAUCCCAAUAUCAUACCACUCCCAGACCAUGGAACAUCUAAGACUCCAGGAAUUCCUGAAACAUCGAAACACCCCGUCAUUCCGGGCACAGCAGAAAGGCCAUUUCGGCCUAUACAUCCUGAAAAACCAGAAAUUCCAGCUGUUCCACGAGGACCACAACAUCCUAGCAUUCCAACAUCGCCAAAAAAACCUGUCAUUCCAAAAGAAUCAGAAAUACCGGAAACACAUAGAACACCAUCGCAUCCUGAAUACCCUGAAAAACCGGUCAUACCAGAUAUUCCUAGCACUCCGAAAAUCCCAGGAAGACCAAGAAUUCCUGACAUUCCAGAAACACAUAGAACACCAUCGCAUUCUGAAUACCCUGAAAAACCGGUCAUACCAGAAAUUCUUAGCACUCCGAAAAUCCCAGGAAGACCAAGAGUUCCUGACAUUCCGGAAGUACAAAAAACUCCGUCACAUCCUGGAUUUCCUAGAGAACCAGCAAGACCACUGAUUGUUAAUACUCCAGACUUACCAAAAAAGUCAUUUUAUCCAGAAUAUCCUAGCACAUCUGGAACAUUCGUCACUCCUGGGAAACCAUUCCAACCUCCAUACAGCGGCACAUCAAGAACUCCUAUUAUUAUAGAAAAACCAUCACAACCUGUAUAUUCUUCUCCACCAAACAAUUUUGAUAUUUCUGAUAAACCAGAAUUUCCUAGAACUUUUAAUAUACCUAACUCACCUAAAAAAUCUGGAAUCUCUAACGUUCCAGGAAUAAUAGGAACUCCAUUGCACCCUACAUAUCCUAGCACAUCCGGGAUUUUUAGUACCCCAGGUAAAGAAGACAUUGCUGGUACUCCAAGUUCAACAGAAACACCAUCGCAUCUUAGAGACCCUGGCACACCAAGAACUUCUGGAAGCUCAGGAACCCCGAAAACACCAAAAAUAUUACAACAACCUGUAUACGCUGAUACACCAGAAAACUCUGAUACAAAAGAAACUUUAAAUACUCAAAAUAAUCGAGACAAUUCUGAUGAAAAUAAGGCAUCACAUUCUUCUACCCUUGAUACAUUAAAUACUUCGGAUACUUCAAGUGGACAAAGUAAUCCUGAAAAAGAAACAUCACAAUCAGGAACCCACGAAAAUUUACCAGUUACUACAAGUUUGAGAACACCAGGAACAUCAUUCCGACCAGUGUACUCCAGCAUGAAUUCGGCUCCUGAUAUUGCAAAAAUACCAGCGAAAACAUCACCAAAACCACUACCGCAUCCUCUAUACCCUGGGAAACAAUCAUCUUCAAACAUUGCAAAUACAAUAGAAAGAACAUCAACUUUUGAACAUUCUAGUACACCAGAGACUUUUAGUACUGAAACACCAGAAAUACAAUCCCGUCCUGAGAAGCCGAGUGAACCAGGAGCCUAUAGGUUUCCAGGUAGACCAAAAUAUCCUGGACAAUAUGUCAAAAAUACCGCAACAAAUCCUUCUAGUAGUGUACACAUUUCUGAGCAAUCUGGCUCAUCUAAAAUACAACCUAAAUCUGAAUACUCUAGUGUAAAAGAAACUUCUAAUAUAUCAAGUGGACAAGAUAYUUCUAAACACCAUGAUAUAUCGAAAAUGGAAUCAUAUUCUGGAUAUUCAAUCAUACCUGAAGCUGUUCUACCUUUUCAGAAAGUAAGAACUAAUGAAAAACUUUUUGCACCAAGUACUACUAAUACUUUAGACACUCCCGGGCAGUCUGCCCUAUCAAGAACUCAACAAAAACCAGAAUACUCUGAUCAAGUAGAUAUUUCUAAUAUAUCAAAUGAACAAGAUACUUCUAUACAUCGUGGCAUAUCAAAAGCAGAAUCAUAUUCUGGAUAUUCAGUCAUACCUGAGACUAUUGUACCUUUUAAGAAAAUAGGAACUGAUGAGCACGACAGAACAAGGAUUUCUCUAAAUAAAUCAGACUUUUCUAAACACCUUGAUGAUUCUGGAAGAAAACAACAUAUGGAAUAUCUUGGCACAUCAGGUACUCUUAAAGAACAGAAUAUAUCAGACUAUCGACAACCAUUACCAUCACACGCAAACUAUCCUGUAACUCCUAGUUAUCCAUCAACUUAUCCCAGCAUUUCGGUAACAAGCAGAAGAACAGGCUUAUUUAAACUUACCGAAAAACUGGAAAACACACUUCUUAGAAGGCCAAGUCAUCCAAUUCGAGGUGGAUAUCCUUCUUAUCCCAAUAGUCCCGAGGGCCCUGUUGGUUCAAUAGGACCUAUUGGUGACAUAGGUGAUAUUGGAGAUGUUGGCGGUGAAGGUGAACCAGGUCCUGAUGGUCCAUGGCCAACUGGAUCUCCAGGACCUGAUGGGCCUUGGCCUGGGGAUCCAAAAUAUUAUCCAGGUACAAUUCUACCCGGACAAUCGCGAUAUCGUAAUCCUGUGAAAAUUUUAAGCCCAAAAUCUUAUACAUCUAUGAAUACUAAUCUAUCGAUAGAAACUGGUUUUCCAAAACAAAUGAAUUUUAAAUCAUUUUUAAAAUCAAAUUCCAAUUUUACCAGUGCGAUAAAUAACGGUGAAUUGUCAGGAAUUUCAUCCCCUAUCAAAGUAAGCGAAAUCGUUGAUAUUGAUCACAGUAGAUUUAAAAUGCAGAAGUAUGAACAUUUUAAUGAAUUUGAUAUUUAUCAAGAAAAUAUCAGCCAUAAUGCAAAAGCAAUUAAUUCAUUAAUGCAUGAUACAUUGAAAACAUCAGAUCAUCUAAAAUAUACUUUCUCAAAAAAUCAGACAGAUAAUUUAGAAAAACAUGAAACUACCGAUGCAAACAUUAAGCCUUACGGAUUAAGAACUGAAAGUAAACAAAAUGGUCGAUACGAGGUAACAGAGGAUACUAGCCAAGGAGAAGAACCAGAAGCAAAUUUUGAACAAGUACCUGUUAAUCAUCAGAAACACUAUCGAAAAGAAUUUCAAUAUCUUGCUAAUCAUUCUUAUGAAUUUCAAGACAUUAUUAAAGGCCCACAAAAUCAACCUUAUAAAAUAGACCAUCAAGGAAGUCGACUUAUAGUGCAUACGAAAUUCGAUAAACACGAAGAAAACGAAACAGGAGAAAAUAUUGAUUCCCCCGAAGACCGAACUGUUGAAUUCAUAAAGCAGGUAAAUACAUCGUCCGAAGAAGAACGAGCGGAUCAUGGUAUCACUGCGACAGGAGUUCAACCACCACAUCCAAUCAAUGUUAAAUCAUUUUCAUCAUCAGUAGAAUCAAAUCCACAAGCUUGUCCUUGUUAUUUAGUUGAUUCGUAUAAAGAACACGAUACUACUAGUAGUACAGCAACCACUCCUCUCAUUGGUCAGCUUGGAUUCAUCCCUGUCAUUUUCGUACCGUACUGUCCCAAUAACAAAGUAAAUAAUUAUAAAAUAAAGCUCAUGUAUCCCUCAGCAACAUCCGUUCCAUACGCAUGCAACGCAUGUAACACAUCAGGUGGAAAUAUCGAAACAAAGCUUAUUGGUUUGGAUCAGCUUAAUAAUAUCGAAAAUUUAAAGGAUAUUUUGAGUCAGGCCAAUCUUGGAUUUUUAAAUGUUCCAGUUAAAGCCGUCCCUGAAAGGAGAAAAAUCAGAAGCAGAAAAAUAGUUUGAAGGAUCUAGUUAAAUUAUAUCUACUAAUAAUAACAUACAAAAUUAAUAUUUUUUUUACCGGGGAUAAGAAAUAUUCGCUCCUGUAAAAAUGAAAUAUGGGAUAUUGAAAUUGCCCAUUUGCCAGCUGCAGGUCAGCUUAUAAAUGAUCGAUUUGAUGGUAUUGAAACUUAAACAUGACCUAAUGUACAUGAUCUUUAAGAAUGCAUGUCGACUGAUCAACUCAUGUACAUAUUUAUACAUUCAACGACUAACUAUGAUUGUUUGUGCAUGGAACAUCAAGAAACAUAUAAGCCGUUUGUAGAUUAAUAUUUUUGUCAGAGUGACCAUUUUUUUUUUGCAAUUACUUUUUACUUUAAAUAUUUUGAAACACAAUCCUAUCUAAUGAAUAGAAUGCUUAAAUACAUAUUUUCAUUUACGAGGUACUUUGUUCAUGUUUUUAAAAAAUACACGAUAAUGAAGUUAUUCCACAGGCCAUAUACAACUUCAGUCAUACAUGUAUCAAUGCGCUUGACUAUAUUUUUAAACAUGUAUGCAAAUGCAUGUUGAUAAACAAACAUUAAUUAAUAUACAUAUAUGCGUAUGAA